UGCAACAUUGCCACUCAUGAUCAUGAAUGUAGCCCUGUGUCAGGUACUGAAGGUAAUGGAAAAGGUAUAUAAGGUUGAUCCUUGUACUCUUGUUGGGAACUUGAGUGGUAUAAAUAGAGAAGGUGAGUUCUUGGGGACAGAGGCUACAGUUUAGCAAGCUUUCCUAUGCGGACCUUGGUAAUUUCUUUACAUUUUAUAGACCAAAGAACAAUCUUAACUUGCCCUUUUUUCUAAAGGCAUUGUUUAAAAACUGUAAUCAAAUCAUUGCAGUUUAUGGCAAAUGGCCUUUUUUUAAAAAAAAAAAGCAAUCUAAAUCUUUUCUUCAUCUUGGAAAAAGACUUCUCUUGGAUUUCUGAUAGAAUAUUUCCAGUAUGCUAUGUUAUUGCAAGACAGUAACUUACAGCUAGACAAGAAAAAUCAGCUUUGUUCAAAGUAAGAGUAUAGCCUGUCCUUAUAGUGUAAUUUUUUUCUCACAGUUUUGUUUUAUGGUUCCUUCAGUUUGAAUAUACAAUUUAUGAGCUCAAAGCCCAGGGCAGCAAAGGACCAUGCUGAGUUAAAUGGGGGCAGUAAGCUCUGGUGAGUGGGGAAAACUCCAAGCUACAAUUGUUAGAGUCCCUAAGUCUGGAGGUCAGAGAAAGAUGCACUGCCCCCAGUGUGUUCACAUGACACCUAACAGAUUAUUAGGCUGGAAAGAGCAGGGCUUGGUAGUGGAGGGAGCAACCCAGCUCAUCCAAGGAACCAAGUGGGGGCAGGGACAGGCGUAAAUGCAUAAGGGGUAUGUUGUCACACAAAGGUCUUAUAAUUAGAAUAUCUAUCCCCAAAGCCCUGAUCACUGAAGUCUUUAAAUGAACCCUUUAUUAAACUCUUCCAUUAUGCAGAGCUACAGAUGGAGCUCUUACGGGUUUUGGGGACACCACUCAAGUCAGUUUUCAAGUUAGUUUGAUAAGUUGCUAUGACAGCAAACCCACUCUUCCUCUGAGAAUGAAUGCCUGCAAUCUUAAUACUACGUUAAGGUGUUUUUUUUUUUUUUUUUUUUUCGUCCAAUUUUGAACAAUUUCCUGGAUUCAUUGUUCUUCGGGGUUAUAGCUGGGGAUUGGCAAAUGAGUCUCGGUUAUUUUUAAAACAGUUUUCUGAGUGGGUGAAUGUGGAAGGGUGGGCAUGGUAUCAGAUAAAUGAGUGUGUGGGUAUGCACAUAUCUAUAUCAGUGAAAGCCAAAAUAAUUACUAUCCUUAGUUCUUGGAUUGGCACCAUACUGUGUUUUAAAUUGCAGAUCUAAACAGAGUGCUAGUUCACAGGAAAUUACAUUCUCAGAUUAAAGUAGCAUUUUGUUGUGCAGAAAGCAGCAGGUUCCUUCCUUUCUUUCGCUUUCAUUCAUUCUUCCUUCCUUUCUUUCACAUUUGUAAGUGCAUUUAAUACUCAACUGCUUGAGGAGAGAGGGGCAUUGAGGGAGAGAUGAAUUUUGUCAUGAAUACUGGGGAAUUGGUGUGAUGUCACUGCAAGCUCUGUGUGAUCGUAGGUGGUAUUAGAGCUCCAGGAGCGAAAGCAGGGAGAGCAGUGGAGGAGAGACGAUGUCGCUCUCAGACAAGCAGACAGCCUCUCUCACUGCCGCGUACGGUCAGCUCAGUAAGGGCAAGCCUGCAGAGUGCCGAAUGGACUCCCCAAAAGAAAUCAGUCAAGCCGGAUUCGAAUGGCAGAGGACAGAGGGCAAACUGAAUGAAAUUGGGCUGAAUGUCAGCAUGGACGGGCAACCGAAAGAUGGGCUUGUGAAGAAUGCCAGCUUCCUGGAGCAGAGCAAGCUCUGCUUUUUUGAGGGGAAGCUAGACAAAGAGCUGAGCAUUGAAAUGCAGGACAAGGACUGUCAAGCAGCCUCAGGUCACCUUGAGAGCAGGUAUGUGAUUUCAGAGACCUGCCAUCCCUUGGAGGGGAACUCGGUACACCAGAAGACCUCCGAGUUCCAUCUGGGACUCAUAGAGGGGCCAGACAAAAACAAAACCAUUCCAGUUCAGGGGAAGGUGGCAGGGAAGAAUGGACUAGAGACCAAGAGCCAGUCAGAUCUGGAUUUCCCUGGGGCUGCUGACAUCCCUACCAGAUAUGUUAAGGAGCAGGAAACCAGUGUUUGGAACCCCAACUUUCAUCCAGUGGCUCAAGGCUCUCUGGGCUCAAGGGAAGCAACUCCGGGAGAGAUGGAGAAUAGCAUCACCCCUGGCUGCCCAGUGAUUGGGGUGGUAAAUGAUAACUCUGAGCAGCUGAAGUGUGAGUCCCCACUCCUGGUGUCUCUAGCCCACCCAGCCCCCAUUAUUAAGCAUUCACCCACCACCAUUCCGCCAAUCACUAUGGUGUUCACCCAGGAACAUUUGAAUGCAAGCUGUCACAUCAGAGACCAUGAUAAGGAGUUGGAGAAAUUGAGUUCUACCGAGGAGGAGGCUGUGCUCAACCAAGCCCCCCAGCAGAAAAAGGCAGUGCGCAGGGCCCUGUCUGAAUGUUCUCACCUCUCAGUUCCCCCAGCUGUCAACCUUGCAGAUAAGUACCCUGAACUCCCUGCCCGAGAAGAGCCUUCUUCUGGCCUGCUGCCUCCCCCUAGUAGCCCAAUGCCUAGUCCUACACCUGGGAAACUGGGAGCUCCUGCUAUGAAGCGCUCCAUGACUGUGGGUGAGGAACAGACAACUAGCUACAAAUUGAGCCCUGGGAAACUGCCCAUCUUGUCUACUAAAGAGAUACCUCCUUUCAUCUGUGAGGAACCAGUGGCCAAGAAGAGAGAAGAAUUGGCUCACUUCAGCAACAGCAGCAGCAACUCUGGGAAGAAGGAACUCGGCACUGCUGGAUUAUAUCUCCAUAGUAAGCUGGAGCAGAUUCCUGAAGGAAGCAGCAAGGAAAAAGGGCAGGAAGAUUUUAGUGAAACUAGAAUUGAUUCAUGCUCGCAGGUUUGCCAGCGAGGAGAGAAACAGCCAGGACAGACGGCUCUGGCAGGGAAGAAAGAAAUUGAGGUCACUGCAACCCAGAGCACUCCAUCGUUCCUGUUUGAAAAGCCCCCACGUGAUGGCACUGGAAAUUAUCCUUAUCCUCAAGCAACUUUCGAUCCAGUUGGAGGACUGGGAGGCAGAGGGAGGGUUGUGAAUUGUGGAAACAUUUUGGAGGAAGUCACAUUUGAGGUGGGCCUUGGAACCCUGGGAUGCCAAAUAAUGCGGAGGGAAAGCCUUCCAGGCAAGGGAACUCAUAUUAAACAAAGGUAUGAAGCCUAGACAGCUCAUGUUAGGUAAAAGAACAAUGGAGGAAUCUCAGGGCAUCCAGUCACAGGAAAUGUGGCCAGGCUGCUGCCAUUGUGUAUAUCUCUCUUGGGACCUCUGCUUCUCCCUGCACAUGUGCUCCAUUCUCUUCCCUUUAAAAAUCUGUAUUUCUUCUGUCAUCUCUUUUUGCUUCCCUUGUAACUCUGCCCAGGACAGAAUAGCAUUGAGUUGCCAUGGUUUGAGCUCUGUGGCCAGCUUUGUUACCACCAUAUAUGUCAGGGUUCUGAUGUUGCAUGACUGUCAUUUCCAUGUCUUUGUCUAUACUGACAAUGAGUGAGUAAUUAUAUCUUAUUGGCUCAGCUUGGUCCAGUCAACUCUAUACCAGGUCCCAUAGCCUUCUUAACCAAUCUGAGCCAUUUAGACCCACCCGCUUCAUUCACCUUGAGGCUUCUCUAAAGGAGAGAGUAUAGGUUAAGGAAAUAUUCCAAAGCCGUCUUUACAUAUGUGACAAGAAAUAAUGGGAGAAAAUUCUAGAAAGUUGUUUGGAAUCCAAUCUUGCUAAGCUUCAAAUGUCCCACUGAAAAGUUUAAAGCUUACUACUGUGUCUGGAAUUGGUGGGUUCUUGGUCUUACUGACUUCAAGAAUGAAGCCACGGACCCUCGCGGUGAGUGUUACAGCUCUUAAGGUGGUGCGUCUGGAGUCUGUCCCUUCUGAUGUUCAGAUGUGUUCGGAGUUUCUUCCUUCUGGUGGGUUCGUGGUCUCGCUGGCUCAGGAGUGAAGCUGCAGACCUUGGCAGUGAGUGUUACAGCUCUUAAGGCAGCGCGUCUGGAGUUGUUCGUUCCUCCCGGUGGGUUCGUGGUCUCGCUGGGCUCAGGAGUGAAGCUGCAGAUCUUCACGGUGAGUGUUACAGCUCAUAAAAGCAGAGUGGACCCAAAGAGUGAGCAGUAGCAAGAUUUAUUGCAAAGAACGAAAGAACAAAGCUUCCACAGUGUGGAAGGGGACCUGAGCGGGUUACCAGUGCUGGCUUGGGCAGCCUGCUUUUAUUCUCUUAUCUGGCCCCACCCACAUCCUGCUGAUUGGUAGAGCCGAGUGGCCUGUUUUGUCAGGGCGCUGAUUGGUGCGUUUACAAUCCCUGAGCUAGAUACAAAGGUUCUCCGCAUCCCCAUCAGAUUAGUUAGAUACAGAGUUUCAACACACAGGUUCUCCAAGGCCCCACCAGAGCAGCUAGAUACAGAGUGUCGAUUGGUGCACUCACAAACCUUGAGCUAAACACAGGGUGCUGAUUGGUGUGUUUACAAACCUUGAGCUAGAUGCAGAGGUUCUCCAAGGCCCCACCAGAGCAGCUAGAUACAGAGUGUCGACUGGUGCAUUCACAAACCUUGAGCUAAACGCAGGGUGCUGAUUGGUGUGUUUACAAACCUUGAGCUAGAUACAGAGUGCCGAUUGGUGUAUUUACAAUCCCUGAGCUAGACAUAAAGGUUUUCCAAGGCCCCACCAGAGCAGCUAGAUACAGAGUGUCGAUUGGUGGAUUCACAAACCUUGAGCUAAACACAGGGUGCUGAUUGGUGUAUUUACAAUCCCUGAGCUAGAUAUAAAGACUCUCCACGUCCCCACCAGACUCAGGAGCCCAGCUGGGUUCACCUAGUGGAUCUCGCACUGGGGCUGCAGGUGGAGCUGCCUGCCAGUCCUGCGCCGUGGUGCGUUCGCAUUCCUCAGCCUUUGGGUAGUCGAUGGGACUGGGCGCCGUGGAGCAGGGGGUGGUGCUUGUCGGGGAGGCUCGGGCCGCACAGGAGCCCAUGGAGGGGUGGGAGGCUGAGGCAUGGCAGGCUGCAGGUCCCGAGCCCUGCCCCACGGGAAAGCAGCUAAGGCUCAGUGAGAAAUCGAGCGCAGCACUUAUGGGCCGGCACUGCUGGGGGACUCAGUACACCCUCUGCAGCCACUGGCCCGGGUGCUAAGUCUCCCAUUGCCCGGGGCCAGCAGGGCUGGCUGGCUGCUCCGAGUGCGGGGCCCACCAAGCCCACGCCCACCCGGAACUCCAGCUGGCCCGCAAGUGCUGCGCGCAGCCCCUGUUCCUGCUCGCGCCUCUCCUUCCACACCUCCCUGCAAGCUGAGGGAGCUGGCUCUGGCCUUGGCCAGCCCAGAAAGGGGGUCCCACAGUGCAGCGGCGGGCCAAAGGGCCCCUCAAGUGCCGCCAAAGUGGGAACCCAGGCAGAGGAGGCGCCGAGAGCAAGCGAGGGCUCUGAGAACUGCCAGCACGCUGUCACCUCUCACUACCAUGUUCUGAAACUGUGGUGACUGCCUAUGAUAGCAGAUAAAGUAGCUCCAGGUCAGCUUUAGGAAGAUUUACUUGUUCUCAGUAAGUGUGAUGAACUGGAAGACAAAGAGUUGAAAGCAAACAAUCCUGUUAGAAAUUUGAUUCAGGUAGUGGCAGAUGAAACGCUGAGGAUAUGAGAGGGGAAAUAUAACAGGUGAAGAUAAAGUGAAACUGGAAUUUGGAAGGUGUGUGAGAAAAAGGAAUUGAAGGUCAUGCUGUGAUGUGAGGCUGGUUUUCCCAGCUAGUGGUAGUAUAGGUAAUGGAAAGACCCAACAGAAGAGCACAGUUCAUUGAAGGAGUUAAUAAGUUCCACUUCAGACAUUGCUUUUGUGAAACUCUGGGGAUAUGUGGGUGGUGGUCUCUAGAAAUUGCCUGAUAGCUGGGCUUGGUGGCUUAUGCCUGUAAUCUCAGCACUUUGGGAGGCCUUGGCAGGCAGAUUACUUGAGGCCAGGAGUUUGAGACCAGCCUGAGCAACAUGGCAAAAAACCCAUCUCUAUGAAAAAAUACAAAAA